GGAAAAUGACAGCAGCAACCACGAGAUUGUGUGUGUGUGUGUGUGUGUGUGUGUGUGCAGCACGAGACGUGUCUCUUGAUUGGCAGGAAGCGGCGAAAAGGAGAGAUGGAUGAAGUCGAAGCAGACCCAGCCCUCUUUUUUGAAAGCGACAUCCUUGACAUUGUUGAGACUGAUUUAUACGAUGACUUGUUCUUUGAAGAUGAAAACUCGGCGCCACCGGUUACUACUAUUUCGAUAGAGGCGCUGAAGGAGAAAAUAGAGACGUUGAACAAGGAAAAGAAGGAAGCUUUACAGCAAGUGGCGGAGCUGAAAGGAAAGAAUGCAAAGUUGAAGCAGGAGCGCACGGUACUGGUCAAUAAUCUGUCAAGCAUUUUCAAGACAGCGCAGUUAGAAAUCAAGCGGAAAGAUAUGUUCAUCAAGGAGCUUCGAGAGGAAAAUCAGAGAUUGAAAGAGCGAAGAUGAGCAAACUCUCAAUACGCCCGUGCACAGCUCUGUUGACGAGGCGAACCAUCUAGACCGUCUCUUCUGUCAAGUUUUGGAACGAUGACGCUUUUUUCUGCGCUGGAAUCGGAUGACUGGUUAUCGAUUGGUGAAUUGGAAUUGGAAUUGGCUGGUGGCAGUGGUGGGUGCAAAGAGAAGUACUUAGACAAACCAAUCUAAGGACAGGUGACGGUGGCUAUGUCGUCUGUCUCUCAAAGGAUUUGCUGUGGAAGAAAAGGGAAUUCCAGUGGCUUUCUGGAGAACUUGACUUUUGCCUUGCCCAGCCAGGAGAUGGUAUUGGGGUACAAGUUGUUUGCUUGUUGAAAGACAGGCCAGUCUAUUUGGGCUAUUCAGAGUGCUGGUCUCCAGUUCCAAGAGAUGGAAAAUUCAUGGAGUUUUUUCAAGACCAAGGCGAAGAUGGAACACUACUAGUAGGGUUAUUUUUUGCAAGGCAGGCCUACAUGCUCAACAAGCAUUAUCUGUAUCUAUCAUGCAGUGGACGCCAAUGCAAUGAACUUGCAGAUUCUCUCAGCGAGGUGUAACACUAGUAGUAGGGUUAUUUUUGGAAUUUUCUCGGUUCUGGGCCCUAGCCCAGGAUUGACACAGGCCUAGUCCCUACGGGGACUGUUCUGCAAAUACUGAAUUUCCACUAUGGUAUGGACUGGUCCUCCAGUUACUCGGGACCAUAGGCCCGUUUUUUGGUCGGCUAGGUUCGGUAUGUCCAAGUCUGGUAGGCUGUUGGGUAGGAUCUAGAAAUAGCUUGGAUUCAACGACUGUCGCACGUUUUUUGGUCAGCUAGGUUCAGUAGGUCCAAGUCUGGUAGGCUGUUGGGUAGGAACUAUAAAUAGCUUGGAGUCAAGGAGUGUCGGGUUCUUUUCUUCAGCUGGAUUUUGGGAUCGAGAGUGGGAUGCGCUGUUUUGAGCGUCGAAGUGGGAAGCCGCCAUGCUUGAGGGAGCUGCGCCAUAGCUGCUGCCGAGCGAAGCAGGGACUGCAAAGCAGCGCUGAAGCUUGAACUUCAGCCGCUGAUGUGAUGGCCAUGACGCUGUGCUGUUGGGGUUAGGCGCUGCCAUUUAUCAAUUUUCACCUUCUAGGCAGCAGAUCUUCGCCUUUCUUUGGUUGCAGAGAAGUCCUUCUUCGUCCAGGGUGCUGGCGCUGCACUCCCUGGAUGGGUGGCAUUGGGUGCUGAUCAGGCGCCACUUUUGCUGCUUCAUUCCUGAUUGCCGCUUGUGGAUACUUCAGGAGCGCUUGGUGGUCUGCAGCUUGCGGGCGACGGUUGCCAUAUAGCCAGGGGUGCUGUAGAGGUGAUGGUGGAGGUUGGAGAAGGCUCCUGCUAGUUCGAUGAAGUUUCGUUGAAUUUGUGCGGGGUUGCUGAAACACGGUUGGGAUUCUUUGAAUUUUGUUUAUCUGAUUGAUCGGAGGAGGAAAAGGGGGGGAAUGAGAACUGAAGUUUCGUCUUUAAUUCGAUUGUUGCUUCAAUUCGAUUGUUGCAUAUUUUUUUAGCUUCUACUGUGUACUUCUCUCCGGUUUUGUGAUGGAUUUGCCGCCUCCAAG